UCACUGCUAUUGUUGGAUUUAGUAUUUUUUUGUAUUUUUGGUGGUGCUCAUCAUUGUGUAAAUGGUGUAUGCAACCAGUAGUUGCUGUAACUCAAGUGCGCGUGCGUGACGUUUUUAUGUUUUUAAUCGCGAUUUUUAUUUUGCCGUUUUUCGGGUUUUAUUUAUAUUUUUUUGUUGCGAUUUUGCUUUCGUUGCAAACAAUAAAUAAACACACCAAACAUUUCAACACACUUCAACGCUGAAUUAAAAAAGCCGUCGCAUUUUGCUUUUUCAAUUGGAAUAUAAAUUUUACGACUUUUAUGCAAACAAAUUGUGGAAAAAUAAGGAAUUUAAAUACAGUGUGGUGGCAUUAAGAAAUAAAAAAAACAUAUUAAAGAAAAAAAUGUUAAACAAUGUGCUUGAAUUGAAAGGAAUCAAAUCAAUUUAAUAUUAUUAAUAAAAUACCUAUGUACCUACCUACAAAUUGUUCUAAAACAAGGAAUUGUGUUAAUAAAAAGAUACUGCUUGUUGCACCUUUAUAUUUAGAUUAGCCAAACAUGUUUUAAAUACAGUGACUACCAUUAAUGAUUAAAAUCAAUGCAGGCAUAUGCUAAAUGAACUACUAUGUCCCCACUGCACCUGCAAUAUCCAAUAAAUAUUGAUACCUAUUUAUAUGAUUAUAAUGCUGCUUGAACAUAAUAAUUCGUACAUUAUCGAACGUAUCCAAAGUAAUCACAAUAAGCAAAAACUACAAGAAGGUAAAUACACAUUUAAAACCAUAAAAAUGACAACACCUUCUACAACGACAACAAAUUAUAAAAUCAAUACCGAGACAGCCGCAAACGAGGCAACGCUUUACACGCAACAGGAACAAGAGCACCUUCUAAUACAACAACAGCAACAUCAGCAGCAGCAACAACAGCAACACUUAAUACGAAUGCAGCAACAUUUGAUGCAACAAAACAUAAUGACUACUUCUCCAUUGCAACAUUUAAAUAAUAUUUUCGGUUUAAAUCUAAACAAUUCGCCCGCAGUCAGCACCAUGCCACUGGCUGCUUCACCCAUAUUUCAUCCAAAUAAUUUGCAACAUUUAUUGGUGGGGGUAACACCCCAGCAGCAGCAACAAUUUCAACAAAUAUAUCAAGAGUUUUAUGGCAACAUGUUGCCGCAACAACAACACUACCACCAUGAACAACAGAUUCUAAGAGAUCUAAUACAAGCCACCAACAUGGACACAACCACAACAAAUAUGGAAACACUUGCACCGGUUGUUGGGGCAUGUGCGGGUAGUUCGGGUAUGCUAAAAACUGAAACAUGCCACAAAUCCUCAUUACCCGCACACACAACACAACAAACGACUGCGGCAUUAACAAACUCCACAACAACAUUGUCGCCUUUGGAGACGUUUGUUGUGAAUACGGUGGGUCUGAAUCAUCGCCAUCAUCAUCAUCAACCGCACCAUCAUCAGCAGCGUCAUCAUAAUGAUGAUGGUAAUAUGGCUUCAUUAGAGCGACAACAUAAUGAGACUGCUCACGCUAACCAGAAACAACAGCUACAGCUACAGCAACAUUAUAAACAAAGCAAUAACAAAUUGCUAAAAUCACAGACCACCUUAACAUCAACUUUGGCUUCAAUAGUCACAGCCACAGCAAAAUCUCAUACUGCAACAACAAAUACUGCUGUUGAUCUACUGGAUGCUGACAUCAAAACUAGUGUUGGUAACUUAUCAAUGACAUCUUUGACACCUGUUAAUACUACAACAGCAACAACAUCAAUUACAACUUCAUCAUCAUCGCCGACGUCGUCAACUUUAUUGUUGUCUGCCACAAACAACUUGGGUAAGUCAAUUUAAUUAAUUUAUUAAAAAACAAAGAAAA